AUGCACGACCACAAACACCCUCCACCCUCCGACUACUUCGUCGGGGGCUCCACUGAUGAAGUCACGGGUUUGCGAUGGUGCAAGUUGAAGAAGCGAGGUCACGACAUCUCCUCCAACACGGUCAUCACUUUGGUUGCAACGACCCCCGCCUGCACGCACGCACGCACGUGCCAAUGGGUGGAAGAGGCGGAAGUGCGGCUGCUCACAGCGACCUCGUUUCCUGACUUGCGUGCACUCGCUGCCUCCGCCACCGCCUCCACCGUCUGA